AUGUCGGAGUCCGCUGCUGUUCCCGCCACCGCUGCCCCCGUUGAGACGCCCGCUCAGGCCCCCGAGCAGGCCGCUGCCCCCGCUGUCGCUCCCGAGGCUGCCGCUGCCGCCCCCGCCGCUGCUGCCCCUGGCGGUGUCGCGUUCCCCAACGCGUCUCUGUACGUUGGUGAGCUCGACGCCUCGGUCACCGAGGCGAUGCUCUAUGAGCUGUUCAACAUGAUUGGCCCCGUUGCCAGCAUCCGUGUCUGCCGCGACGCUGUCACCCGUCGCAGCCUCGGCUACGCCUACGUCAACUUCCACAACCGUGCUGAUGGCGAGCGCGCUCUGGAGACCCUGAACUAUACCGAGAUCAAGGGCCGCCCCUGCCGCAUUAUGUGGUCCCAGCGCGACCCGUCGCUGCGCAAGAGCGGAUCUGGCAACAUUUUCAUCAAGAACCUUGACCCGUCGAUUGACAACAAGGCCCUGCACGACACGUUCGCGGCGUUCGGCAACAUUCUCAGCUGCAAGGUCGCCCUGGACGAGAGCGGUAACUCGCGGGGCUACGGUUUUGUUCACUACGAGACGCGCGAGGCUGCCGACGCUGCCAUCGAGAACGUCGACGGCAUGCUGCUCAACGACUCCAAGGUGUUUGUCGGUCACCACGUCUCGCGCCGUGAGCGCCAGUCGCGCCUGGACGAGAUCCGCUCGCAGUUCACCAACGUGUACGUGAAGAACCUGGACGCCGAGGUCGACGACAAGGCUCUUGAGGAGCUGUUCUCCAAGUUCGGCGAGAUCACCUCGGCCGUCGUUCAGCGUGACGAGGAGGGCGCGUCACGCGGCUUCGGCUUUGUCAACUUUGAGAACCACGAGGACGCUCGCAAGGCGGUUGAGGAGCUCCAUGAGACUGAGUACCAGGGCGAGAAGCUCUUUGUCUCGCGCGCCCAGAAGAAGGCCGAGCGCGCUGAGGAGCUGCGCCACCAGUACGAGCAGACAAAGGCGGACAAGAUCAACCGGUACCAGUCGGCCAACCUGUACGUCAAGAACUUUGAUGACGAUGUCGAUGACGACAAGCUGCGCCACGAGUUCGCGCCGUACGGUGUCAUCACCAGCGCCAAGGUCAUGCGCGACGACAAGGGCGUGUCGCGCGGCUUCGGCUUCGUGUGCUUCUCGGCGUCGGAGGAGGCCACCAAGGCCAUCACCGAGAUGAACGGCCGCAUGCUGGGCGCUAAGCCGCUGUACGUUGCUCUGGCCCAGCGCCGCGAGCAGCGCCGCCAGCAGAUGGCUGCGUCGCACAGCCAGUGGCGCGGAGCCGCCCCUGUCGGUGCGCCCGUCUACGGUGCCCCGAUGUACUAUCCGCCGGGCUAUGCUGCCCCGCGCGGUGGCUUCCCUGCUGCUCCCCGCCCCGUGCGCUGGCAGCCGGGACAGCCCCCGGUCCCGGGCCAGUACCCCAUGCCGGGCCAGUACCCGGUGCCGCAGUACCCGGUGCCCGCUGGCGCGCGUCCGCCCCGCCCUCGCAACCCCCGCCAGCCGGGCCGUGGUGGCUACGCUGCCCGUGGCGGCCGUGGCGGCUACCGCAGCAACCCGCGCACCGCCCAGCAGGCCCCCGCCCAGCCGCAGGAGGCCCCUGCCGCUGAUGCCCCGGCUCCCGCUGCUGAGCAGCCGUCGGUCCUGACCGCUGCCGCCCUGGCUGCUGCCCCCGAGGAGGAGCAGAAGCAGAUGCUCGGCGAGGCCCUGUACCCGCUGAUCGCUGCCCAUGACGAGGAGCAGGCCGGCAAGAUCACCGGCAUGCUGCUGGAGAUGGACAACAGCGAGCUGCUGCACCUGCUUGAGAACGCCGACGCCCUCGAGGCCAAGGUCAACGAGGCCCUCGAGGUGCUGAAGGAGACCCCGGCGGAGGAUGCCGAGUAA